AUGGCCGGAAUGACGGUGACUCCGGCGCCAAUGGCCGUUACGGACAUGGGUAAUGGAGGCAAUAAUGCUGUAACGGCAUCGUAUGUGAACUCGUUUCGCAUAUCUGCUGUAGCGGACCGCUUAGCGAUGCACGUGUGCCAAAGUAAAAACGAUUCCCUCCUGCAAGCAGCAAUCAUGGUGCUGAUGAUCUCUGUGAAGAAUGCUUGUCAGAAUGGAUGGUUUUUGGAUGAAGAUUCCAAAGAACUUCUUAGUCUUGCUAACGAGAUAGGGAGCAGCUUCUGCAGUGGAAAUGAUAUUAACACCGAAGCAAGCAGUUCUCUCUCUGCUAUAUCAACUAUUAUGUCAAGAUUCUAUCCACAAAUGAAAAUGGGUCAGAUACUUGCUUUUCUUGAAGUCAAGCCUGGGUACGGCACGUAUCUGGUUGACUUUCAUAUUUCAAAGGAUGUGAAACCUUCUCCAGAAGAUAAAAUAAGGCUAUUUGUCGCUCAAACAGAUAAUAUGGAUACGUCUUCGUGUGUUAUAAGUCCACCACAAGUAAGCUUUCUGUUGAAUGGGAAGGGAGUGGAGAGAAGGACUAAUGUUUUCAUGGUUUGUGUGGAUGUUAUUUUGAAAGAGUUGGACACAGGACCGCAGAUUCCGACAGUUGUGAUGCAUAUGCUGAAAUAUGGAACAAAUCUUCUUCAAGCUUGUUUUGAUUUUGACAACUAUGUGGACAUAAACUCGAGACGACCAUCCUGGCGCUGCCCGCAUUGCAAUCAGUUUGUAUGUUUCACCGACAUCUGUGUUGAUCAAAAUAUGGUCAAGGUUUUGAAAGAGGUGGGAGAGAAUGUUGCUGAUGUGAUCAUCUCUGCAGAUGGAUCGUGGAAGGCUGUCACAGAAACUGAGGAUCCUAGGGAUCAGCCACAUGAUAAGACCCCCAGUUGCAAGCAAGAUAGGCCUGCACAUCAAGAAUCAACUAUCUUCCUAAAUACUCCUCCUGAUAUUUUGGAUCUCACCAAGGGAAAUGAUGCGAUGGAUGCAGUUGGAACUUGUGGAACUGAAGACAGAAAACCUUUCCCUGCUAAUUGUCCAAGUAAAUCUCAUACUGAGAGCCUGACAAUCAAUCCAAACACCAAUCAUAUGAAUGAGGUUAAUCAGAUCAGUUCUCAUGCAGAGGAUGACUUUUGGUCAGGAGUUUUUUUGUCCACAUAUGGAUCGGGAACAUCCACUGCUAGGUCAGAUGUGCAAAUUACUGGUCGUGUUUCUGAGCCUGCUCCCACCAAUUAUAUGCUGUCUCCCGUAUUAACUGAUGCUGUUUCUCCUGCUCUUAAUCAUGAACUGGAGGCUUUUCAUGGAAAUGCUCUCCUUGCAACACCUGUACAGAACCAAAUUUCUGUUCCCAAUAAUAUGCAACUACAACAGUCGCAAUUCGGGAAUUCAGUUAUCAGCAACGAAUAUGGAAGGGUCCCAUCAAUACCCAGGCAUGUAAGCAGAACACCAAUUGCAGUUCAGGCUCUUCCAGCCCAGACUUCAACACCUGUAACCCAACAAAGAGGAAGAAAUAUUUUGAACAUCUUGCCCCACAUUGGGCCUUCUGCUGCUUCUGUGAGUUCUCCUGCUGUGCCAUCAAUUGGAGAUAGUUUUAAUACAGCAUCCAGUAAUGUGGAAAGGCAGCAACAAUUUUCUAGGUCUCAUUUGAAUUCACUUCAAUUGCCACAUGCGGCCUCAUCUUUGUUGCAGCCGUAUUCGGGAACACAGCAUUGGGAUCAUCAAAAUCGCUCAUUCGUGCCUGGUCAACCAGCUCAACAGAUUGGUGGUCGUCCAGCUUCAAGUCAACUCCCAGGUGCUUACAGAAUUUCCUCAGCACUUCCAACCGUACUCCAAAACUCAAAUCAGCAGCUACCUUUGAACAUCAGGGUGCCCCAUGCCAUGAGCCAGUCUCCAAGUCUGGUGCGGUCGUCUGCACAUCUCCCACGGACUCAAAUUCAUCAAGGAGUAGCACCAACUGGAAUUGGUCAGACAACUGGUCUAAGUGAUAGCCAACAUACCCGGUUGCUAGUUGGUGCUCAGCGACCUGCCCAGAUGACUAGAAAUUCACCAUCUAUGCCAGCUCCUGCUCAAACAUCUAGAACAUCAUCUUUUUCAGUAAGUGCUGAUGGGUUUCGAUCAUCCCUGGGAGAGCAGCGAGGGAAUACAGGGCCAGUGCAACCAGUCACAGGAGCAGAUGGUUCGGUUGAUUUGGAAGCAGAACAGAAUUGGCGCCCUACAGGUAGGAUGCGUGGAAGCCUAUCUGGGCAGGCUUAUUCUGCUGCUUUAAGCCAAUACAUUAUUCAGCCAACCCAGCCCGUUCAAGCUGCUAGACCAUCAUCAACUAUGCCUGUGUUACCAUCUGGUGUUCCAUCCCAGUUGCAUACCCUUGUGGCAAAUAGCAGGAAUGCCAAUGCGCCUCCAGCAGUAAAUCAUUCAUCGACAGAGCCUGCUAGUAUGUCUGGAAGCUCAGGUGUUCUACCCCCGCAGUCUUUAGGGAUGCAUUAAUGGUGGAGGAUUUCAUCUGGGGAACCUUUAUAUAGCUGGCAUGACUAAUUUUGGUUGACAGGGUCAUUUGUACAGUUACCAAAUUUCAUCUGGAGGGAUGUUUAUUCAUGGUUGAUGGGUGUUCUAAUUUAGUUAGUCCUUUGUUUUUAAAUCUCGUUUAUUUCUCCUAUUGACAUUGGAGGUCAUGAUUGUUGGUAGUUAAUUUGGGAAAUUUUUGAGGGUUUGGAGAGCCUAUAUGUUUUUAUACAUACCAUGAAGUUUCGAAUACACCUAGUUGGCGGCAUGAAACAUUUAGGGAUU